ACCAAGUUUAUUUAUGUUUGGUGAAGCUCUUCGUGCGAGUUGCGGUUCCAAGUCAUCUGAAGCCUGCUAUGGAGGACCUCUUGAGUCAAAAUGAGUCUGAGCACUGACAAUGUCACAGCAUUUUGGAAAAACAGUUCCUCGUCGGAUCUGGACGGGACUCCGGGCUUGUUCUCCCAGGUCAACUCCAGCAGCGGCUCUGGGGGGAACCACACGGAGCCCCCCAGCGAGGUGCACCUCAGCCGGGCCAUCCCGCUCGCCCUGGUGCUGGGGGCUUUCAUCGUGUUCGCCAUCGCGGGCAACAUCCUCGUCAUCCUCGCGGUGGUGUGCAACAGGCACCUGCGCACCCCGACGAACUACUUCAUCAUCAACCUGGCCAUCGCGGACCUGCUGCUGGGCACCACGGUGCUGCCGGUGUCCGCCACCCUGGAGAUCCUAGACUACUGGGUGUUCGGCCGGAUCUUCUGUGACAUCUGGGCGGCGGUGGACGUGCUGUGCUGCACCGCGUCCAUCAUGAGCCUGUGCGUAAUAUCCAUCGACCGCUACAUCGGGGUGAGCCACCCGCUGCAGUACCCGGGCAUCGUGACGGAGAAGCGGGCCCUGCUGGCCAUGCUCGGCGUGUGGGUGCUGUCGGUGGUCAUCUCCAUCGGGCCUCUGUUCGGCUGGAAGCAGCCGCCGUCGCCGGACGACACGGUGUGCCCCAUCACCGAGGAGCCCUUUUACGCGCUCUUCUCCUCGCUCGGCUCCUUCUACAUCCCGCUCGUCGUCAUCCUGGUGAUGUACUGUCGGGUGUACAUAGUCGCCAAGCGGACCACUAAGAACCUGGAGGCAGGUGUGAUGCGUGAGAGGAUGAACUCCAGCGAGCUGACCCUCAGGAUCCACAAGGGGUCCCAGGUGCAGGAGCAGGACCCCGGAGCCUCCUCCGGCCCCGGGAAGGGCCGCGCGCAACAAGCGAGGAGUUCCCUGACGGUGAAACUUCUGAAGUUCUCCCGGGAGAAGAAAGCAGCAAAAACUUUGGGAGUGGUGGUCGGCAUGUUUACUCUCUGCUGGCUGCCCUUCUUUCUCGCCUUACCCAUAGGGUCUUUUAAUGUGAACCUGCGCCCACCUGAGGUCCUCUUCAAAGUCAUCUUCUGGUUAGGCUACUUCAACAGCUGCCUGAACCCCAUCAUCUACCCCUACUACAGUCGUGAGUUCAAGCUGGCUUUCAUUCGCAUCCUGAGGUGCCAAUUUAAUCAGCGCAAACAUCCCGGCUGGAGAGCCUACAACUACCGCUCCUCCAACAUCAGCGCCUCUGGAAACUCGCGAAAAGGCUCAGCUGACCACAAUUCCAGCUGCUUGAACGGCAGCCAGCGUACUCUGCCAUCCUCUGCCAGUCCGAGCCCCAGCCACCUGAGCAAGGGGCUGCCAUCUUGCCCAGAGGGGGAGACACUGUAUAUCUGGGGGGAGACCACCCCAACUCCCUCCACGCCUAAUCUGCUGCCCGGCAGCGCCGCAGACCACCAGCAGAGAGCACUGAGGGGGGAGGUCAGAGGGGGAAAACGAGACGAGGAGACCACCGGUGGUUUUUUAUCUUUCUCCUUUGUGAAGAACCGAGACAAGAGGGGGCUCAACCAGGACAGCUUCGUGCCGGAGGACAAGGUGUGACUGUUGGGCCUCACUGAGCUGUGACUCUUUCAGUCUUUGUUGGGAUUAAAGUCUCCUACACUGUGUGUAUGUAGAAUUUCACACAGGUUUGCUGCAGUCACUGUAUAUGGUCCAUCCGUCAGUGGAUUUUCUUUAUCAUUAGUGGUCAAUGUAAGGUGAAGAUAACUUAGUAUUGACUAUGCUGCUGUGUCACAGAUAUUUGUCUUCUAUUUUACUGUAUCUGCGGUUGACAUAUAGGUUUCUUUCAUUGGACAGUCAGAAAUUAAAGACAGAUCAUCAAAACCACUGUUGGGGUUGGAGAGACAGCGGUGCAUGCUUGAUUUAACAACAACGUCAUCCAAAAGGAAAAGGACAUAAUUCUAGAAAAGAACUGUAACACAAAGUUGUCAGCCCUGUAAAAAGAAUGGACAUGACAAAAAACAAAAAAACUGUCGUGAAGAGACCAAUGAUGACCUUUGCCGUCCAGUAACUUGAUAUCUUUGUGGUAUGUUGUGGAAAUAAAGUAUAACCUGGUUUAUCUGUUGUGCGCACAAUCAUCAGACGUCAUCGUAUUUGUAUAUUUGAUUUACAAAACGUUCUGAAUAUCAAUAUUGGGAAUGUGAUUGAUACGUAAAUAAACUUAAAUAUGACUGUAUCUCAAACUCUUAA